CAAGGGCGGGAACGAAAUAAAAAGUGUGUGUGUUGUUUACGGUCCUCUCAGCGCUCUCAAUCGUGACCGAUUAGUAAUAAUGGUAGUAAUAUGUGCAUUUUUCUGGGAAGGUCAGGAGUAGAAAAAGUGGGGUGCGGGAAUGUUAUGAAAUCAUGAAGAUAUGAAUAUGAUUAUUAUGUGAUAAGGAAAGAAUAAUAUGCUAUGAGAAAUUUGCGUAAUCAUGCUAUAUAAUUCGUCUUCUGAUUCUAAAGUAUCAUGUGUUAUGACAGCGUAGAAUAUGUUUGGCGCCAAAAAAGUGAGGUUGUUAUAUUUGAUAGCGUUGGUGGAUCUGUUUGCAUGCAGCAUGGCAGUUCCUUUGCUGUCAGUACAUAUGAGGUCUUUAGGGGCAUCUCACUUCACCGUUGGGAUCCUGAGCUCACUCUACGCUGGACUACAGCUCAUUUCUAGUCCAGUUAUUGGAAGUUGGAGUGAUGUCAGAGGUCAUAGCUUUGUCCUGCAGUUGACACUUCUCCUUUCUGCCAUCCUUUACUUUGCUCUGGGUACAGUAACAGCAAUUCCAGUCAUCGCACUCAUCAGGAUUGGUCUAGGACUUUUGAAACACACACAAACACUGUGCAGGACACUACUGACAGAUGUGGCAUCUACCAGAGAUCAGUUGAUCAUGCAGAGUCGCUUAGUUUCCUUUGGUUCAGUAGGCUUUAUAGUGGGGCCAGUUGUUGGUGGUCAUAUGGCAGAAAUGGAGAAUGGUUUCCAUUAUGUUUGCUGCAUCGUCAUGCUCUUCUUCUUGAUCAACUUUGCAAUUGUACAUUUUUUCCUGUCCAACACUCCGCAAGAACACAAAAAGAAUGACACCAUAUUAGGACUCAGUGAAGAUGCCACUAAUCUUGGAAUUAGCACCAGAAUAUGGACUGACAAGAAAAAGGACAUUCAAGAAACAUCAAAGGAAAGUUCAAGAGCACUGUUUCGUUCAUCAGACAUUUUUCAAGCAGUAACACGCCUCUUACAUAUCAGAUGGUCAGUCUACUGGGAUGUUUUCACUCUAAAGUUCCUGCUAGGUUUUGCACAGGCUGUACAUUACCAGAGCUUUUCACUUAUCCUCAAGGAAGAAUAUAGUAUUACACCCUCAGGUAUUGGCUACACAAUCUCAUUCCAAGGUCUGGUGGGUGCUACAGCUGGCUUCUUAAGUGGAGGGAUGGGCAGAUUUUAUAAAAAAGACAAAUAUUAUGCUCUUCAAAUGCUACAUGGUUUUGGAGUCCUCACACUCUCAUUUAUUCUUCUGAGCCUUAAACCUAACCUAACUUUCUUUCUUGUGUGUCUCAUACCAGUGAGUGCAUCCAGUUCAUUACUGAGAAUUGUCACAUCUGAGGUAAUUCUACAGAGGACUGCACCAAACCAGAGAGGUUCACUGAUAGGAUCAGGACAGAGUAUGUCGUCUGUCGCGCGUCUUAUUGCUCCACUCUGCUCAGGACUGGCCUAUGACAAGUUUGGUUUCUGUGGAACAUCAAUGCUGAGGAUAGCAGUGACCAUAACUGCAUUGUCACUCUCUUCCAUCAUGGUCAUUCAUCAAAGGAAAAACAAGUUUUUGUAGUUCUACAGAAUAAUGGGGAGUUCAAUUGUUAUGUACGGAAAGUGUAAUCUAAAGGCAGUGCACCCCCUUGUACACCUGCCUGUAUCAGUUUUCUGGCCUUUCACAGUAACUGUUAUAAUCUACUUACACACCAUUCAUAAAUGCAUUCCACCUAGGUUACUAAUGAUUUAGCAAAGAUUUAUAUAAACAGGUUAUUCAGUAUUCAGUGAUUACACAAGGAGAUUAUCUGAUAGCAUGUCACAUGUCUGAGUAAGAAGCAGCAUAUUACAGUUCCAAACAGCAAGAACUGUUCACACAAUUGUAAAGAAGUUUCAACAGACAGUCAUUAUUGAACAAAAAAAUUAAAUCAAAGUGGCACUUAAAAGAAACUGGAUAAAA